AAACACAGGAGAACCUCAGGAUGUCUGUAAUUCAGGAAGGGAUGGCAACACUUCGUAAAGCAAAGAAAAUCACUGUAAAAACUUGUCUAGAUAACCCUUUUGUUUUUCAAUGGAAAACCAUAGAUGGAGAAGAUAUGCAUUUUAUACUGCAGACCUUAGAAGAAAGGAUUAAACAUACUGGACUUAAAAAGAUUGAGACUUCAAGAAAGAAAAAACGUUCCCUUACAAAAAAACAAAUGGAUGGACAGUGUGAUACUAGCGUCAAUGAACUCCCUAAAGAAGAGGAAACAGAAGGCCAGCAACAAAAACCAGGAUGGACUGACAUAAGUAUCAGAAGACAGCUUGCUAUUGGAGUUAACGAAGUUACAAAAGCCUUGGAGAAAAACGAACUUCGUCUCUUGCUGGUGUGCAAGUCUGCAAAACCUGCCAUGAUCACGUCGCACCUUAUUCAGCUGAGCGCGAGUCGAGCCACGCCAGCGGGCCAGGUUCCCCGUCUCAGCGAAACAGUCGCGCCGCUUCUUGGCUUAACAUCCAUUUUAGCACUGGGCUUUAAAAAAGCAUCUGAUAAAUUUACCGAAGCAAUAGAAGCAAUAAUUCCAAAGAUACCAGCUUUGGAUGUGCCAUGGUUUCAGCACAGAACAGAAGAGCCUGUGGCCCAGACAGAUUCUUCAGAAAACGAGGAGCUCAAGCCGCUCGCAGAGGCGCUGGGGAAUGAGCUCACGAGCCAGAAGCGUAAGCGUAAGGAAAGCAGUCAGCUCGAUCUUUCAAAUGUAAUUUUGCAGCCUUUGAAAAUCAAGAAACUUGUUCCAAAUCCAAACAAGAUAAAGAAACCACCUCGCAAAAAGAAAAAAGCUUUUUCAGCGUAA